AAUAAUCGAAUGGGGUGACUUUCCUGUCAAGAUUCAUCUCAGAGCCAAAAUAGCAGCUCAGCUUUAGCAGCGCUGCAAGACAAAAGGAUAUAGUAUCAUAAAUAUGACAAAAAUUGCGCUUCUCGGCUCCAAGGGUCAGGUGGGCCAUUGCAUCCUCAUGGCUCUUCUUACCACGACUUCCCAUGAGGUAGUUCAGCUCGUUCGACCGGCUUCCGAAUCUAAGGCAAAGUCUAUAAAUAUAUCUGCAGAGCAGAAGCAAAGACUCCGAACGGUGCCCGUGGAUCUCUUAGUCGCUGGUACAGAUGAGCUGGCUUCUAUUCUGAACGGCGUGGAAGUGGUUGUUAGUGCAGUGAAUGGGAAAGCUCUCUCUGCUCAAGAGAAGGUCCAGACUGCUGCGGAAAAGGUCGGGGUGAAGAGAUUUUAUCCGAGCGAGUAUGGGAUGCAUCAUGUUUACACGGGGGAAGAUGGGUAUGGAUAUGUGCACCCGGCAUGGGAUAUGAAGUCCAAGGCCAAUAGGAAAGUGCUCCGCCAUCCAGCUAUAGUAGCAGGAAAAAUGACGUACACCCUCAUCGGUUGCGGAGACCUCUACAAUCAAGGCCGCGAAGCGCUCUGGUGUCCGUGGACGCAGACCGAUCUUCCAUCGUACACGAUUCAUAUCCUGGGCAACCCUGACGCCAAGGUUUACUUCAUGCAUAUGGGUGAUCUAGCCAACUUCCUGGUCCAACCCAUAGAUCAUCCGGAAGUCUCAGAGAACAAAGAGCUGAAUUUCGUUAGCGACCAUAUCAGCUAUAACGAGAUUGCGGCACUAUGGGAGAAAUACUCCCGCAGGAAGGUGGAGAAGAGUAUAGUGCCAAUACAGGUUAUGCAUCGUGUUUUUCAGAACAAGGAAGAGGUCCCAGAGCAUCUCAAGGCGAAGAGUGUGUUUCCUGAUGACUUCUGGAUUGUGGUGAAAGGAAUGCAAGGAUUAGGCGGAUUUUGGAGGCCGCCAGGGCAGGUGCAUAAUGAUUUGUUCCCUGAUAUGAAGACGAUGACGUUUGAGCGGUACUUCAGGAGUAUCUAUGGAUCUGAAUAA